UCGACAUGUGGCAUUUGACUUUUGCCUCAAAGACAAAGGAGGACAAGGAAGAAUAACAUGUUUGUUUCAAGUGUCUGAGACGCUCCCUAAAGGUAUUAAUAGUUUGUGAGUCAAUUUGAAACUGAAAGUUACCAGCAUGUGACCUGUAUGUAAUAUACUGUAUUAAAACUGAAUGUUCCCCGUGGCUAUUCACCACUUUGUUCUAAGACAGCUUGGAGACAACACUGCUGAUCCAUAUCUUUGAGCAGGGCCUUGAGGUCUACUUUGAAAAGAGAAAAACAUGUACCGACUGGUCCUGAUUGGAGAGUCAGGGUCUGGGAAGAGUGCCUCCGGUAAUACCAUUCUUAAUAGGCAGGAGUUCGAAGCUAGUCCAAGCGCCAGCUCUGUAACCAGGACCUGCCAGAGUGGAAACAGCCAGCUAGGGGAAAAUGGUGUUUUGGUUGUGGACACUCCAGGUUUCUUUGGCAACGACCUUACUGAGUCCCAGAGUCGCGCUGAGAUUUUUAAAUGUGUGAGGCUGUGUGCCCAAGGGCCUCAUGCUUUCAUUCUAACCAUUCAAAUCGGCCGCUAUGCUGAACAAGAAAGAAGGGUUGUGGACCAGAUGGUGAGUGUUUUCGGGGAGAUUACUUUGAAAAACUACAGUGUGGUUCUGUUCACCCGCGGUGAUGACCUGGAGGACAUGACUUUACAGGAGUAUCUAAGGACAGCCCCACAAGAGCUCAAUGAUCUGCUGAGUAGAUGUGGCGGCAGAUACCACGUCUUCAACAACAGAGACCGCAACAACAGGAAGCAGGUGACAGAGCUGCUGGAAACGGUGAAGAUGAUGGUGAACACGAACCAGGGAGGGUACUACGUCUUUCCAGAUCACCUGAUAAUGGAGAAGAUUGUGGCGGGAUUAGCAGCAGGGGCGGUUGUGGGGGCGUGUGCAGGGGUGUGUCCACCUGUAGCAGUUGGGUUGUGGUAGGGGCUGUGGUAGGUACCGUAGCUGUGGUCCCCACCAAACCUUUAAUUGCAGCUGCAGCAUUAGUGGGGACAGCAGCAUUGAAAUUACAGUUGGCAAAGCAUAAACUUAACUCUGAUUAAGGGACAGCAAGUCUAAAUAGUUAAUGACUUAGGACCAUAAAACCCUCAGUUGGGGGUAUGGAUGUUGUAACAAUGAUUUCAUAUUCUGUCAUUGAUUCAACAUGUAUUAUUCUUUUAGUUAGUACCUUAGAACUGUUCGCUUGAAUCAAAUAUAAAAUAAAUGUUUAUUUGUCACAUGCGCCGAAUAAAACAGGGGUA